AUUCGUCCGCUCUGCUGGUAAACUGGAGGAGAUGUCCAGUCAGCGCACCUCCACAGCAGAUCUCGUUGAGCACGUUCAUCGAGAGGCGAGAGGCUCAGUUCGGUCAAAGCCACCGAUCGCGUCGGACGUGCCUUCGAGCAAAGCAGUGUUGAACGCAUUAGCGACCGUGUGGUUAUAAGUUUUGUUUGGAUUUUCGCUUGCUCAAUACCGGUUUUGCGUGGAGCCUAUUUUACUGUGGACGAAGUGUUGUUUUUUUUGCAGUCUCUCCCGCAUAUGGCGGUUUUCGUCGUUGUUUGUUUUGCUUCGUCAGUGGGCAGCAAAAAGCGUUGUUGAAAACCUGUGAAUUCUAACUCUUCGUUGUUGAUGUUCCGUGAAGCUGUCGAGUGAUAACGAGUCGCGUGUAGCUAAUGUAAUGAUGAAAUGCAUUGUUUGCGAUGUUGGAUGGGUGGAACAUCAACGAAGUGACGGGUGAAUGAAGUAUUUGUAAAGCGUCUAGCAAGUUUAUCGUUCAAUGUGUUCAAUUUUGAUAGAUAACAUGGAACGCGGUUGAAAUGGUGAAGAAAUUGAAAUCGAUAAGGUUCGUUCCAAGACCUACUUCAAGGAAGACAUCGGCUAGACACCUUCAUUGUGCUGCAUCUUUAAAAGUAGUACAAGAAAGUACCGCCCUCACGUGGGUCAAUUCCGUUGAUGGAUGUGCACUCUCUGUCGGUAACAUCAACAUUUGAGCUGGAUAAUGGAUCCUCGAGUGCAGAGUUUAAUGCGUUAAGAGUGAUGAAUAGGAACGAAUGUAAGAGAUGUAGGAGUGAGUACGUUUAUGAAUUCAAUUAGUUUUGAGCAGUUUCGUUAGAAGACGUGAAAGCAAGAAGGUGGAAAUACAAACAGUGAAGUUUAGAGGUUAGAUCUCAUCUUCAUCUCAAGAAUGUGUGGACCACGACGAGCGAACAAAGGAUGCUGCUUCUUCUAGUGUAAUUAAAAUGUGAGAUGUCUGAGAAAGCUGGGUUCGUGGUCUUUUUGCCGGGAUGACCGUCAUCAUCAUCGUUCAUCUCCUACCAUGGCCGACGUCCUCGACUGGAGAACCGGACAACGUAACACCGUGUGAUCCGUUCAUCUUUAAUUAUAAAACAUAAUUUAUGUACCUGCGCUCAUACAUCCCGUAGAAUUACGUUGCAAUUCUCGGGGAAUGAGAAGGCAUCUUGGAAGGCUGACUGAAGGAGACACAAAAAGAGUUUCUCUUUGUACUUAUUCAUGUUCUACUGAUUCGCCUCAGCGGCGUUCGUUAUAACAGAAGUGAUCCUACAUUAUACGGAAGAAGUGCAUGCUUGAAGCAACUAUUUUAUGAUACUCAAGAAGAGUGGCAAGCACAUUGUGCAUCGUUGGUGUGAGUGAAACGAUAAAUUUUCCGAAAAAAGUGAAAGAACACGGCAAAACAAAAGACCUCGAUUCCGAUGCACAGGGAGAAGGCGCAUGCGGACGAAUGGAUGGAAGAUAAGUUAACAGCAAAACAUUUAUUUUCAUCGGAGAGGUGCAAUAACAUAAAUAAAUGAUAAUGAUAAUUUCAAAUAACGAGAUUAGGUUAAUGGCGAAUUCCCAUAGUGAGUGAAAAGUGUUCAGGCGAAGAGAAUUGUGCUAUUUAUCAGUGUCUUUUGAAUGGUUCCAAAAAUGAUAGUAAUUAAUCGAAGCCCACAGUAGACGGAGUGAAUUGAUCAACAGUCUCUGUAAUAAAUCACUAUCAAAUCGAUCCUUCAGUGUCACAAUCAGUGAACCGAAUCAAGUUGUAUAUGUAGUUCUACAGCGGAUUUAUAACUAUCCCAGUAGUGACGACGUGUGAUUGAUAAUAGACGACGACGACUCGUUGCGUGUUCAAUGUUAAUGGGUUGAAAAUAUACUGGAAAUGCCUAUCACCAAGAAGACUACGAAAACAUCGCCAUCCAGCAGCAGUGCAAGUGCGGCAACGAACGGUAGUGGCUCAUCAAGGGCUGCGGCUGCCUUUCCGGCACCGAACGUAAUCAAUGGAGUUGUAUCAGCAUCUAACGGACUAGCCUCCGCUGGCAGUGGACGCAAUGCCCGACCGGGAAGCGGAUUAAGUCUAAGCGUAUUAGAUUUGGCUGCGAUUCGGAAGAUUUUGGAAAACGAAACCGGUGGCGCACUAUGUCCCAGCUGUCAGAUGCCCUUCGAUAAGGGCAAAAAGAGGAAACUGAUUGACACCUGCGGUCAUGAGCGGUGCUACUCGUGCAUGUUUCGGAACGAAAUCUGUCCCAUCUGCCACCCGGCGGCCCAACCGGAUAUCGACCAUGACAUUCUAUCCAACCACGGUAGUUACUUAAGCAGAAAGAUGCACGGCUACGAUACAGGAAUCGGUAGCACAACGACGCUGCUGAGUCCCCUCAGCUCCCCUCAACCGGUUUGUCGCUCGCAAGCUAGACAGGCUGGCCACCUCUCGCCAACAUAUCAAAGCCCAAGUGAUCUCAUGUCAUCAGACGUUUACAAAUUGAAGGACCGACCACCGAGGUGUCCUUCUGCGUCCAGCAAAUCGGAAUCGCACUAUGCCAGCAUAUCGAACACAUCGUUCGGCGUAGGGAUGAAACCUUCCCAGCGGUCUGGACUCAACAGCAGCAGUGAAAUAUCCUCCAGCGCCUGCGCAACACCUCCGCAAAACCGACGGCGACUUUUCAGCCCCAAGAACCUGCGAAGCCCGUUCGGUUACCGCCGUAGUAACGCUGCAACGGACAACUCAACACUGUCCGGUUUAGCGUCUCUACUAAAUCCGGCCACAUAUCACCGGGCGGCCGCGGCGGCAGGAACCGGCAAUUUGCGCUCAUCGACAUCGUCACCAAGCACCACCGUAGUAGCCUCAGCAACUUCCCCGACAUCGUCGACGACGGUCCACAAGAGACAACGGAACGCUAAUGAUAGCCAUAAAUUUCACCGUCUCAGCCUGGGCAAAGCCUCGGUGGUUUUUGGCAAAAUUAAAUCCCUCUGGUCAGCGCAAGCAUCGACGGCCAACGCCGGACUGAAUCAAUUAGCAGACGACGAAGGCGGCAACGUAAAACCCAUACUGCUCAAUGGCAAAUCAAAGUCCUCUCAGGAUGAGCUCCAAGUACGCCUCGGGUUCUUCCUGGAGAACAACCCCCGUCGCAACCUGCGUGUCCCCAUACAGUCGUGCAGUUCGCUUACAUCGACCAACACCAGUCCUGUAUCGACGCUCACCGGAUCAUCCGAGGCGGACGUUUCUCGGACGUUGCAGCUACACCAGGAACCAAACCACUACAACACCGGCUGUGAUUCGAUUGGCUCCAUGAUGUCCGUGUCCAUAUCGGAGCAGAGCAACGCCUCGUCCAGUCCGAUGAGUCGGAGACAUUCGGUUACCACAUCGCAAGGUGGUGGCAAUAUCGAUGACCUCGCACUGUUCAAAACCAGAAAAACGACCGUCAGACGAUCGGCCCGAUCCGGACAGAUUAAAGGACCGAUCGACCCAAAAAUCCGAUUUGCUCAAUACCGUCAGCAUCAACAGCAACUCACGUUGAAGCCGUUGUUCUUCGAAGUACCUACUCAAGAGCCUGAUCCACUGUUUGUCGGACGGCAUUGGCUAGUGAGAGAACUGGCCAACGCUGUUCAGUCUACAGACUCACCUGGUAUUCUACUGAAUGGGAACUUGGGAACCGGGAAAACAGCGCUACUGCUGCAGUUGGUAGAAUACUCAUGUUUUGGACGCCGCAAGGAGAUGCCUAUUCAGGAGAAUGAUGGCAUCUACUGCCAGAUCAACGUUGCCCAUGAUAGAUUGCGUAAUCUUGCUUCGCACGUGGUGGCCUAUCACUUCUGCCAGGCGGACAACAACUCAACCUGCCUUAUUCCCGAUUUCAUUCACUCCCUGGCGGCUCAGCUGUGUCAGGCACCGCAGCUAGCUGCAUACCACGAGUUUCUCCUUGGCGAACAAGCUCUUCAGAACGUUCUUAGCGUGAAAGAAUGUAUAGCCGAUCCUGAACGAGCUAUGGUCAUGGGUAUACUAGAACCAUUGUCUGCACUGCGAAGAGUAGGGAAAAUACCUCCAAAGAACUGCGUCAUCUUGAUCGACGGACUGUGCGAAGCUGAAUAUCAUAGGCCCGAUCACGGAGAUACCAUUGCGUCGUUUCUGCAGAAGAUGGCUGAACACUUCCCCUCGUGGUUGAAGGUAAUUGCUACGAUCCGAACGCAAAUGUCCGAGUUCACGAAGGGCUUGCCUUAUACGAAGAUGAGUCUCGACAAUUGGAACAGCAAUGAGGCUCUGCAGAAAGAUAUCCUCGAAUAUAUCACAUUCCGGAUCAAUCAAAGUUCCAGUAUACAGCACAAUAUUGCCGGAGGCAAAGAAAUCAUCAACACCAGUCUCCAUUUCAAGUUUGCGCAGCAUUUGCUAAGUCUUACGAAAGGUUCCUUCCUCUACGCCAAGCUAACAUUAGAUCUGAUCGAACGUGGCAGUUUGGUGAUCAAAUCGAGCAGUUUUAAAGUGUUGCCGGUUUCAUUGGCUCAAAUCUUUUUACUCAACUUUAAUCUACGCUUUCCAACGACCAGCGCAUACGACAAGAUCUCCAGCAUUUUGAGCGUCUGUUUGGCUGCUCUCUAUCCACUGACAUUGACUGAAAUCUUCUACUCCGUCAACGCGUUGAUCGUCGAAGGAGAAGGCGGUGAACACAUCGAUUGGGAGGAGUUUGUCUGUCGGUUCAAAACGUUGACAGGCUUCUUGAUCAAGCGGAUAGACAACACGUACAUGUUCUUCCAUCCCUCGUUCAGGGAGUGGUUAAUAAGACGAGAUGACGCAGAAAGCACCAAGUUCAUGUGUGAUCUCAGGAAUGGUCAUGCUGGCAUUGCUCUGCGGCUAUCUCGCCUGCAAGCUCCUCUAGAUCCUGAUCAAGCCCUCGAGCUAGGUCACCAUAUCCUGAAAGCCCAUCUCUACCGCGCUGCUCCUCAACAUCAAUCUCCGAGAGAUCUGCAAGCGUUUUGGGUGUCCUCGGUAACCGGAUGCGUGUCCUCUGCACUGUGUACCCUCCGCAAUGUAUACAGCCCAAACAUUAAGGUUUCAAGGUUACUUCUUUUGGCCGGAGCUUCCCCAGAUCACAUUACCAGCUUUUUAGGCAGCGCAACUGUCCUUUGCAUAGCGGCUCACGAGGGAAUAGUACCAAUGGUGAGCCUGCUGCUAGAGUUCGGGGCCAACGUGGAGAAGACCAACAGUCAAGGGUGCACACCGUUGAUCCUCGCCUCGGCGAAAGGACAUUGCGACGUGGUUCGUCAACUGGUUGCCGCUGGCAGUGCUCUUGGACAGACGGACACAUCCCAGAGGUGCGCUCUAGUUCAUGCUGCCAUCACGGGAAAGCUGAAGGUUGUCAAAUACCUUGUGGCAUGCGAUUGGAACCCACGGCCGGAUAGCAAUGACGUGACACUGGAACAGGCUGCUCAGCAAGCAUUGAUUGCCGCUGCCAGUCAAGGGAACACGGAGAUUGUCGAGGAUUUCCUGGACAUGGGUGAGGUUCAAGUGAACCGAUUGGAUAUCAUAACCGGUGAAACUGCCCUGACUACAGCGUGUACCAAUGGACACACGGAAACGGUGACAAUCCUGCUCAGUCGCGGAGGAUCAACUGACGUUCGAAAUCGCAAAGAACAGUCUCCUCUACUGAUUGCAGUGAAAGAAGGUCAUUGGGCAAUAGUCGAGAGGCUACUGCAGAGCCAAACGGAUGUCGAACAAACGGACAGCAAUGGAAAAACGGCUUUAAUGGUCGCAGCCGAAGAGGGACAUGUUGGAAUCAUCGAACUGCUGUUAAACAGAGGAGCAUCCCUUGGUACGUUAGAUAAGGAUGGCCUCAGCGCUUUAAGCUGGGCUUGCCUUCGAGGAAAGCAACAGGCUGCCAAAUGCUUGCUGGAGAGAAAUGCAGACAAACAACAUGCUGACAGCACUGGCAGAACUCCGCUGGAUUUAGCCGCCUACCAGGGAUCUGCCGCACUGGUCCAAAUGUUACUGGACCAUGGAGCGCAAAUUGAACACGUGGAUAUAAACGGCAUGCGGCCGUUGGAUCGCGCAAUUGCCUGUCGCAACGUUCAGGUGGUGCAAGUCUUCCUGAAACGAGGAGCCAAGCUGGGACCUGCUACUUGGGCAAUGGCCAAUGGGAAAUCAGAAAUAAUGCUCAUACUCUUGAAUAAACUCCUCGAAGAUGGAAACACCUUGUAUCGUAAAAACCGUCUGCAAGAAGCUUCCCAUCGUUAUCAGUACGCUUUGAAGAAAAUCCCUUCAACGUCGCUUGCCAACGGUGACAGUGGUUCCGACCAGUCAGCUUUGUACUCAGCCGAUACGAACAACAAUUCGGCCAAUAACGCAACCUUCCAACAGCUGAAAUUCAACUUUAUGCUCAAUUUGUCACGCUGCAAGCGGAAAAUGAACGAUGUCGCGGAAGCAGUUGAGCUAGCAGCCCAAGCAAUCGAAAUCAAACCGAACGCCUAUGACGGAUACUACGCCAGAUCGAAGGCUCUCAUGGAGUACGGCAACUACGGGGAAGCCCUCAGGGACGCCGGUUUGGCUCUGACGAAGGCACAAUCCACGUCCUUGGAAAUACGGGAAACGCUCACCCGACUGCACAGCGACUUACAGAAGCGUCACAUGCAAACUCUGGCGGAAGCAGGACAUGCUUCCGCCCUGAGUGGAUUGGGCGGCGACAUCAGUACCAGGUCUAGUUCCGUGCACAGCAGCCGAUCCGUCGCCGAAGGCAUGGACAUAAUUACAGAUUUGUAGUUAUUGAAAAUAAUACUUAAUAUACGAUUAAACAUUAGUUUAAGAAAUGUAACGAAAAAACGUAAAAUCGAAAAAAGACUAAUGCAAAUCAUCAUUCGCAAUGCAAUAAAACCCUUAGUGUGUUAGCUUUCAUUAGGGUAAUAAAUUCGUUUCGACCUACUACAUUUUUCCUUCUCGACUUCUCUACUAUUUAAUAUGUAGCACUAAAAGUGCACAAUACUAUUGCAACAUGUAAUUCCUUUGACAAACAUUUUGUGCAGCGUAUUCAAACUAGCUUAGAAUCGUCCAACAUCCAUCAUAAUUUAUUGAAGCAUACGUUUUGCUCCGAGCCUAUACCUACUGUCUGUAAUUGCAUAUCAAUCCCGUCUUUGUUGGGUUUUAUAUUCAUGUGGGACAGUUAUGCGGUUAGACAGUGUACGAGAGAGUUUUAUUCAAGAGGAACAACCACAGAGAUUUUUCAAUUGUACUGCAUGUAACUUGAAGCAUUUUUAGAUUUUUUUUUUUCUAAAUUCUGUUAGCCAUACAUGCAAUGUAGGUAAUGUACAUACUUUGAAUGGAAUGUUGACAAGCAGAAAAAAACUUUAUACUAUUUAUAUGCAUGUUUUGGACUUAGAAAAUGGUUUACAUAACUGGUAUAAUGCCUACUUAGAUUAUAAUUAAAUUAUUUUGAGUGCUUGUAUAUAAUAAACAAUAUUUUUUUAUAAAAUACCCAAUAAAAGUAACAAUAAAGCAUCUGAAAUCUUAAUAA